UAGCGACCGCCUGUAACCCGAGCGGGAGAUGGAGACUGUGGAGCAGGGUUUCUCUGCUGGUACCGGCUGCGGCAUGUCGAUGGCGUGUCCACCCGAAGCGUGGGGUCACCGGCUGGGGCCUCUCCGGAAGGGGAGGCACCGGUGGUGAUAGUGUAGAGGGCAACGCGUGAGGCGGGGAACCGAGCAACGACAACUUCUCGCCCUGUGCAGUCGGGGGAUCGCAUGCCUGAAUGUCCGUUCACCGGGAGUCCCAGUAGAUUCCAGCUCUGCCACCAGUCUCUAUCCUUUUGAUCAUUUGUUUGAUGAUGUAAGAUCAGAUCUCGCUCCGUCGACGCGGGACUCAAUCAUCUGGAAACUCGUUGACGAGAGAAAGCUCAUUUUCAGCCCCUUGGAAAUCUACGGAAGAAUCUGGGACUGCUGCACGGAUUGCAUGUUAGAUUAUCAUGCAAGACUGAACUGGUAGCUACGUACAAAUGUGUACGUGCAGUCCUUCAAUAUGUGCACGUUUUCGUCGACGACAGAUUUCCAAGUGGACGAGAGUGAUUGAUCACCCUCGCAUUUCAGAAAUCAUUUCAGUUUUCCAUGCCAGAAGCGAAGAGGACGAUUCGAAUGUUGAGAUCCACCGAGAGAUCUGUGCAAGAGGACAUGCACGACCGAACCGAUUUCAGAGCAGCACGUGCACCGGAACUCUUCUCGUUGUCAGCAUGGUUGGCCUCGUCCGAAAGGCCCAGAUUCAUAAGCCACCGUCCAGAACUCGCCGACAGUUCACUUUGCCAACAAGAGUGACUGCGCCGCCGUGGGAUUUAGAGAUCCUUAGCGUCGGUCGACAUGAAGAAUGAGCAAGAUAGAUUUCACGCCAUGUCUAUUCGACUCUCUUCCAGGAAUCCAUCUAGCUCCUCGCUCGCUGCAGCACUCGCCACGUUAUUUGAUUUGCUUUGUCAUGGACCAAACAAACCAUGCACCGACUUAGAUUGAGGAGACGCUUCGAUCAGGAAUAUUUCAUUCGAUGGUGGCCCUUCGAAUAGCAAUUUGCAGCUUUCAGCUGGUGGGUGCGAGAUCUAGGAUCUGAUGUGAGGUCGCCACUGGGUUGGGAACACUGAUCUCAUGAUAUUGCAAUGGAGCAGGUACUGGAAUAGAAAACCGAAUCGAAUUUCUGUCCAGAGAGAGAGAGGUCAGAUCAGUCUACUGCUACCGACGCUUGAUCGAGACCAAACAUUCUUCGAUCGACCGAAUGUUGCCAUUCUCUUCACGACUGCCAUCGUUGGCCUUCGUCGUCGUUUUCAUGCCCCGCACACUCUGAUGGACUCGACUGUCAUUCACAAGGUGCCGUGAGUGGUCGACUGGCCCUUGAUCAUUGACCUCGUGGACACGUGCGAGAA